CCCGAGCCUUUAGCGUUGGCAGUGAUGGUGGCUCUUGGCCGCCACCCUCGUCUCCUCCUCCUCCCUCCUCCUGACUAUUUCCCGGAUCUGUUUGCAAUUCCUUUACUCAUUCCCACUCUCAUUCUUCUUCCUUUUCCACUCUUGGUAUUCUUCGACCUCAAUUCUUCUCUCCCCCCAUCCCUGUCCCCUCAUGUUUGUGUCUGUGUGAGGUGCUGGCAGCCGCGUAGGGUUCAAUUCCUUCCCCGCCCCCCCUAAUGUCUCCGCGAACGUGAUCGUGGAGGUUACUAGGCGCCGCUUAGCCCCUCUCUCCCCCUCCCCCCCGCCUUUUCGCUUGUUUUUCUCUUACAGCAGUGUCCAGGUCAAGCUCUCCGAGGGUUUCGUUUUCUCAAAUGUUGGAUGGAGUUGCGAGGUCUGGUGGACGAUGACCCUCCGAAGUUGCGGGGGUAUACGAAUUUGUAGAAAGUGUGUGCGGCAGGGGUGUUGCCCUGCACAUUUUGUGUUUCGAAUCGUUGUGUUGUACCGAGUGCAUUCGUCUGGAUUGUCAAGUUUUUCGCACAGUCAUGAUUUAUGGAGAGUGCGAUUCUGGGUUUUAAAUCCUUGCACACCUUCCUGCUUUUCUCCUUCUCACGUGUUGUUUUCUUCUACUGCACCGUAGUGGAUCCACUUUCUACCGCUUCAUAAUCCUUGAAACGUUGAGAUUUAAAGGAUUCGGUCUUACAAAUCCGUGCCUCUGUAUCAAGUUACCCGUGUGCCUUAGGGAAGGAUGAAAAUUUUCUCAAUUAUGUUUGUGGAAGUGAUUUUGUCCCCAUCAUUGCUCUACAAGAACCUCUUGCGGGUGAAUUAGGAUAUAUACCUUUAUUCGAGUAUCUCGUAGUUCGUGUCCGACGAAUUCGACGAUUCUGCCUGAGUGCUCCGUAAACCCUUAGAUAAAUCCCAGUUUCGUUUCAGCGUAUAAUCGAUUCAAGGUGGCAAAAAAAUCCAUUGUCGAGGUUGGGCACAGCUGUCGAGACAUGGCAGCUGCUCAUCCCAUUCUGUCGUGCUGAGUGGCAAAGCACUUGGAGCUGCUACGGUGCCAGACUCGAUGGAAUUUCGCAGCAGUCAUAGCGGUUGUCGACAAGUGGAGUACUGGGAUUCUUUCUACCGAUCACAGAAUGGGCGAUCGGCCGAGUGGUGCUGUAACUGGACGGAUUUGCAGGGUUACAUAUCAAUGCUGGUGCCUAAGCCCACAAGUGCAGUGCAGAUUUUGAUUUCAGGCUGUGGCAAUUCAGAGCUGUCGGUACACAUGUACGACGCAGGCUGGCAGAGUAUUACCAAUGUCGAUUUUUCGACGGUAGUAAUCGCCGAAAUGCUGCGUUUACAUGUGCGCUCUCGUCCUCACAUGCGUUGGCUAGUGAUGGACAUGACUCAUUUACAGUUCGCAGAUGCAUGUUUCGACGUGGUCGUGGACAAGGGCAGUUUGGACGCCUUGAUGGGAGAAGUAUUGGAUAUCUCACUAGAAGCUACAAGCUACUUGUCAGAGGUCAAGCGUGUACUUCGACCAGGUGGAAAGUAUGCAUGUGUAACACAGGCUCAUGUCAAUGUUUUAGGGUUGUUGCUGCAGACUUUCAGGCAAGGUUGGCUGCUCAAUGUACACAAAAUUUUGCUGGUGUCAAAUAAUUCCAAUCCUCAGUCGCAACCAUACCUGUUCUACGCGAUAAAGAACAGUGCAGAAGAUUUAGCUCCAGUCAAGUGCUUCUUUGGAAAUAGUCAGAAUCCUUGUACUGAAUCUCAGAUGCAACUGGUAUUGGAUGCUGUCAAAGAGGAGAACAGGUUACGCAGUGAAGGAGGGUUAAUUGACACUGCGGACGUUUUUGGUCAACUUCACCAGGGUCGGAGGACACCCCUGACGCUGGGCGGACUUUAUCCAACAGUAGUUCUGGAUGCUAAACCUGAUGCAGAGCCACCGGCCAUACGUUGUGGUGUAUUCUUAGUGCCUAAGAGCCGAGCACAUGAAUGGCUAUUUUCAUCUGAAGAAGGGCAAUGGCAGGUCAUAGAGACAGCACAAGCAGGCCGCUUAAUCUUGGUCACUUUGGAUGCGCAGCAGACAGAUAUGGAGUACAUUAAGCAAGUGUUGUCACCUUCGAUCAAGCACUUGUUACCCUUGGACUGUCGGGAAUCAGAUACAAUUCCGUAUAUGACUACUAAUGAUGCUCUAAGUGAGAGGAUUCUACUGGAGGAGAUUGAGUCCCCUGUGACCGGCAUCAUACAUGUGGAGGAGGUUGUCCUUUUAACAGAAGAUUCACUUUCCAGACGAGCUGAAGCAUCAAAGCCGAAGCAGUACCGGCGCCUUGUUUUCCGUAGGAACCCUAAUUUGAUACAGUCAGAGGCUUCCUUGAUACCUGUCGAGCGCAACAGCAAAGAGCGCGCUCGGUCGAAGAAUGUGGUUGAUAUCGCGAGGCGGCCUAACGGAAAGAAGAAAAAGUCUAGGCACAAGAUGAGGGAUCUCAUUUUGAGUUCAUAUCCAGGUGAUGAAGAACUAAGGGUUGACUUUAGUUACUUGUCAAGUGAGUAUCAUGCAGGGAUGAUAUCUGGACUCUGUCUGAAUGCUCACAAUUUAGAGCAGUGGAUAUCUGCAAAAGAGCCAAUAAGGGCGAUGAUCGUUGGUCUUGGAGCAGGGCUAUUACCUAUGUUUGUUCACAACCAUAUCCCAGUUAAUACAAUCCAGGUUGUUGAACUUGAUGGAGUAGUGGGUGAUGUGGCAAAGCGUCACUUCGGGUUCGUGGAAACCGAACGCAUGCAGCUUUGCAUUGCUGAUGGAGUUGAAGCUGUUAGUGCAAUCGCAAGAAACACGUCUAUUUCGCUACGUCAAGACUCUACGAGUGGAAAGAAUCCUCUGGGUGAUCUACCAUCUACGAAGUCUUCUCAUACCUCAGUGGGUGGCGAAGUUACCUCCAAAGUUUUACUUGCAGAAGUUGCGAGACCCCCUUUGCAUGCGUAUGAAAUUUAUGGUCAUAGUGGCGGAAGUAGCAACAUGCAAGAAAAGCUGCAUAUCCUAAUUAUUGAUGCUGAUUCUGAGGAUCCCAGCACGGGGCUGAGCUGUCCGCCUGGGGAGUUUUUGGAGGAGCCUUUCUUGAGAUCCGCAAAGGAAGCCCUUGUAGAAGGUGGCAUCUUGGCAAUCAACGUAGUUUCACGAGCAUCAUCUCCGCACAUUACAGCAGUUGCUUUGCUCCAAAAGGUCAUGGUUGGCCGUUUUGUGAGCAGGUGUUCGAGGAGGUUUACGAUUUGGAGAUUGAAGAACAUGUUAAUCGGGUGCUGUUUGCACUUUCACAACAGAGUCACAAGAGUGGAGAGGGGGUAAUAGAGAAGGCGAGGGUUUUCGAGAGAAUAACACGGGCGUUUGCUCCGUGGAAAAACGGUCCAUCAGUGAAAGAGUACGCGAAGAAAAUAAAGCGACUCAAAUGAUGGAAACAAUUGACUUCUAUGGUUUUCAGGAGCAUCAUAACAGAAAUGCACCUUAGAUCGUAGGAUUGAUAUUUUGUGAAGGUGGUAGAAGAGUGUACAAAUUAAUUAUCGCUCGGAAUAUGCAGAAAUUAUUGAUUCAAGGUCAUAGCUUUGGAAUACAUGAGGUAAUCUGGGUAAGGGUCGGGCCAUUCAAAACCCACAUUUAACCCUAUCUGAUACGUAGUUGUUUGAAAAUUGUUUGGAAGAAGUUGGAUGAGGUGGAAUGCUUAGGGAGCUGAUUGGAUACUAGAAUAUUCACAGCCUUAGAUGAGUGCAUACAGUUCGAAGCAAUAAGCUUCAAACCUUUAGGUGGUUCUGUCAGACCUUGGACGUGUGGUAGCUGAGCUGAAAUAUUUGGGCUUUGUCUGUGAGCUCUAGAAUCCA